AUGUUGAGGAAUACGUUGCUAAGUAAUGCUGGGCGGUCUGUAGAUAUCAGGUGUUUAACCAGUAAUCCAGCCCCUGCAGUACACUAUUCACAUGCUAUUAUUGGAGGGGGAGUUGUUGGUUUAGCAAUUGCUGCAGAGCUGAGUAAGGUUGCAACUAAUAAAAUAUUGUUAUUAGAAAAACAUCCUAGACUUGGAAUGGAAACAUCAAGUCGUAAUAGUGAAGUUAUUCAUGCCGGUUUGUAUUACCCGAAAGAUUCCCUAAAGUCUAAACUUUGUAUUGAGGGCAAUCGCAUUAUUUAUUCUGAGUUGAAUCCUACGGCUACAGGUAUCACUUGGCAUAAGUGUGGUAAAUGGAUAAUAGCACAGAAUGAUAUUGAAGAAAUGUACCUGGAAAAUUUGUAUUCGCGAGCGAAAUACGAUUUGAACUUGGAAGUGGAGAUGCUUCAGUCAAAUAAAUUAAAGUUGGUGGAACCCUCAAUUCAUGUUGAGCGAUGUGCUUUAAGCUCUUCUUCGUCAGGGAUCAUAGAUUCCCAUUCUCUGAUCAACUAUUUACAUCUGCAAAUAGAAAUUAACAAUGGUGAGGUAGCCCUCGGUACAGAAGUGACUGGACUUCAGCGAUACGGCAGUUGCUAUAUUAUAAGAUCUGAAGAUGCUAUAAAUGGCACUGGCGAUGAAGUAGAAAUCGUGGUCGAAAAUGUUGUAAAUGCAGCUGGCCUAUAUGCAGAUAAGAUAUGCAAUUUUAUUCUACCUUCACAAAGGCAUAAAAGACAGUAUUUUGCAAAGGGCACUUAUUUCAAGUUGACUCAACCAGGUCCUCCAGUUUCCCGAUUAAUUUAUCCUGUACCGCCUAAAAAUGGCAAGUCUCUUGGUACUCAUUUAACCAUUGAUUUGACUAAUCAAAUAAGAUUUGGCCCCGACUUAGAAUAUAUUGAUUCUCCUGAUAAUUAUUCAACAAGUUACAAAAACAUAUUCUCAGCAUGUGAAGCAAUUCGAACUUACUAUCCUCAUGUUCAUAUUCAAAAUAUACAACCUGAUUAUUGUGGCAUUCGUCCCAAACUUUCUAGACAUGAUGAUGAAGAAUUCCACGAUUUCUAUAUAAAAGAGGAGGAGAAUUUUCCUGGAUUUGUUAAUUUACUGGGUAUUGAGUCUCCUGGCCUGACAUCUUCUAUUGCAAUCGCCCGAUACAUCAAAAACAUUUAUCACGGUUGA